AUGAGUCUCACCGAGCUACUGCAAAGUCGUAUUAAACGCAGGGAGGAACAACGGCUUCCAGCCUUCGAGAAGGCGUCAGCCAUCGUUGCAAUACUACGUGAUGCGGGCAAGCCAGACACCGCCAAAACGGAAUCGUCCAACCAUGAACCGACCCCAUGCACGGCUUACAUUAGCCUCGACAUGUACAUCGCUUUCCGUGAACCGUUUUCUUGUGGAUGGAAUCUCUUGUUGGGAGAUCGAGAACUCGCUACCCUGUCACCCGAGCUGAAGAAGGAACUUCCAGAGAUGUCCUUUGAUGAGAAAGCGGCCAAUUUCUUUCGAUUGUCGGUCUGGCAUAGAAAGAAGCGAGAUGUGGAAUCUCAAGACAUCACUGAAAUUCCGGACGGAGCUGAGAUAUUCGUCGAGUGGGUGACGGGACUAAACUUGUUCGAGAACAAGCUUGCCCAAGGAAAUACAAACCGAAUUGAAAUGGUAACGAAAGUUUGUGACACUGACUCCGAGAUUGAGUGCACAGCUUCUGGUGCCAGCAGCAAAACCAUCAACGACGCUCCGACCGACCAAGAGCUGCCUCACCCAACCCCACGCAAGAAGAGCCGACAUGGAAGAGAACUUCAGACACCUCCUACCAGCCAAGCUUACACCACCCCUCCGCUGGUGACGCCGGAAACGAAAGUCGCGGCGUCGAAGAAGGCAUAA